CAGUCUGCCUAAAUCCAGGAAGUGUAAAGGGUGCUAAAAACUCCGCAGAUAAUGGGCAAAAAUGCCUAACCAGAACCGUUAUCAUUGAGAUGUUUAACCAUAUUCAUCGUCGUCGUUACUACACAAGCUUCACCCAGUUGCGCAUCCAUCAGCACUUAAUUAGACGGCGGGUUUGAGCCUUUGACUGGACGGGAUCAUCUGAAGCGAGUCGUCCUGGGCGUGUUUGCUGUAAGGUUAUGCGUGGACAACAGUGCCACAACACACACAAGCUAAGAUCUGUGUAUUUCAUGUGCAUGGCCCUUGGUGUGGGAGCACCAUGAGCGGGGAGCCUGAUGCCUUGGCUGUGGUCAAUCAGCUGAGGGACUUAGCUGCUGACCCCCUCAACAGACAAGCUAUCGUUGAAGAUCAAGGCUGCUUGUCAGGCCUCAUUCUCUUCUUCGACCACCCCAAUCCACAAGUCGUCUACUCUGCGCUAUUGGCGGUGCGCUACCUGGCAGAAUGCCGCUCCAACAGGGAGAAGAUGAAGGGCGAGCUGGGAAUGAUGCUGAGCCUGCAGAACAUCAUGCAGAAGGGCACGUCGCCAGGUGAGACCAAGCUACUAGCUUCUGAGAUCUACGAGAUCCUGCAGACUUCCAGCAGCACAGAAGCCGAGCAGGCAGAAGCAGCCUCUUGCAGAAAAAAAGCACAGUUUUUCCUGGGCUCAACGAACAAACGGGCCAAAACGGUGGUGCUUCAGAUCGACGGGCUUGAUGAUUCGGCUCAGAGGAGUCUUUGUGAAGAAGCCUUGCUCAAGAUCAAAGGUGUCAUCAGCUUUACCUUCCAGAUGGCUGUGAAGAGAUGUGUGGUGAGGAUCCGUUCAGACUUGAAGGCUGAGGCGUUGGGAACUGCUAUAGCUUCAACCAAAGUCAUGAAGGCACAGCAAGUAGUGAAGGGGGAAGAUGGAUCCGAGAUUGUAAUCCCAUUCCAAGGGGACUCGGAUGUGGUGGUCGAGCAGAACAUAAAAUUGCCGGAUUAUCUGCCUGAGGACGAGAGCCCAUCUCAGGAGCAGCACAAGGCUGUGACACGACUGGGCUCCAUGCAGGAUGGUGCGAGCUGGCUGAGCACGGCCGCCAACUUCCUGUCCCGCUCAUUUUACUGGUGACCCAUCCUCCACGUGCCAGACUGCCGAGCGCAUCCGCAAAAAACUACUACCCUUGUUCCAACUAUAAAAAAGGCCACGACAGGCGGCUGUAAAUGGUUACGGGAUCCAACCUGCUCGUGAAACUCAUGCUAGCGCUGCAUACGCACCACACGAGACACUAAAACCUGAGAGUAACCGGGAGAAGUUCACAGAAAGCAUUUCAUGUGUGUAUUUGCUCUCUUAUUCACCUUUUAUGUUUGACCCUGGGAAGGUUUUCAAACGAUGCGUCCCAGAUUCUCCUUGCAGGUUUGUUUCUGUCGAGACUAAACCAUGCCUUGGGGGGUUUCGCCAGGUUUGUCGUACCUUGAGGUUUUCUAAAUUUCUACAAAUGUGGGUGCUUUCAGAUGUGUUCUAACCCUUCAUCUCAGCUUUCUUGUACAUUUUAAACAAUUCUUUUGUUUGUCUUUCAAUUAUUUGAUAAUCCUAAUAUUACUUUAUUCAUCUGCACUUUUCAAAGCAUGCAUAUUUUUUUUUAACUCCGUUCCUUCUGUGUGUGCCUUUUGCUAUGUAGCUUGUUAAUUAAUUUUCUCGGCUUUAAAUCCACUUUAUUUGCUUCGUCUGAACUUCUAAAGCCUUCUGAAGAUGUGAUUUUUAGGUUUGAAAUGUGUAGUGAUGGUUCACUCUUCCCCACAGAGCUCAUUUCACAAAGAACAUAAUUAAAACACCUGCACUGGUUGGUGUUCAUUAAUAAUAAUUAACGGUUUAACGCCACCAGGAAAUGGCUGUUACUAUGUGUGUAAUGCUAACUUUUUAUGUUACAGCAUGUGCCAAACACCAGUUACCCUAAAAUAGUUACCAGAGUAAAAUAGCUCUGACCUUUUAGGAAUUUAUAUUAUAAACUUUUUUUUUUUUGUGCUUAAAUGUCAAUGUAGUUUUCCUUUCUGCCAUGCGAACUACUUAUAAAAUGAUUUUUUUGUGUAUGUAUUCCUAAAUACCACAAAUCUGAAUGUUUUGUUUAGGGCCUUACAUACAUGCGGUCAUUUUUAAUGUGGGUUUCGGCUGCUAGCCAAAAGUAUGAUUCGGUUUCUUACCUGUUAUGUGCUGUUAUGUCACCUCUGCAUGACCAUCACCCCUUGAGAUUUUCCUGACUCACGGUGUCUUUUAACUGUUUAGAUAAUCAACCGACCUCACAUAUUGCAUUCAGGAUGGUCAGUCCGCUCAGGGAUGUGUGUACGUUGUCCUGAAACUGAUGGUCUCAUGUACUUCGCAGUUUAACGCUUGUGCAUUCCCAAACGGAGACCUACACACAUCAAUAUCAAAAUGAAUUAAACUAGAAUAUGGCCUUUCCUAAAUUUACCUGUCGUUUUAUUUUUCACAUUAUGAUUGGGUUGUUGUAAGGUAUCAGUGUUUGCACACUUUUGUAUUUUUCCUCAUAAUCAGCAAUGCUUUAAGACUGUUUUUUUUUUAACUCUCAUCAUGUCAGUUCACAUUGAGGAUUUGUUACAUAGACAGCAUUAGUGUAUAGAAUUGAAUCACACAGUGGCAUGCUUUUGGUUGGGUUUAAGAUGAGAUAGAGGCCAUCAGUGUUAUAUUUAUGAACAAAAUCCAAAUUGAAUUAAGUUUUGCAUUUUCUGUAUUUUUAUUUCCCUCAUCUUGUACUGUAUACCAUCUUUCCCUGAAGCGUCUUAAGCUACUGCUCACUGUUAUUCCAAGAA